AGGUGCUACGUAAAGAUGAAUGUUGUACAGAAAGUUGUGCAAGAUUUCAAGCCUGUGCUGCUGAUGGUAUUGGUGCAGAUUGCAUAUGCUUCUGUGAAUGUGCUCUACAAGCUCGCCAUUAAUGAUGGAAUGAGCAUUAGGGUAGUCAUUGCCUACCGCUUGAUGUUUGCAGUAGUUUUCACUUUCUCUCUGGCUCUUAUUUUCGAAAGAAAGAACAGGCCGAAGCUGACAUGGAGAGUGCUUUUCAUGUCAUUUUUUAGUGGUCUAUUUGGAGGAAGUUUAUUACAUAACCUAUUCCUUGAGGCCUUGGAUCUGGUGUCAGCUACAUUUGCCACUGCUGUCUAUAAUCUCGUUCCUGCAGUCACUUUUAUGUUGGCCAUCUUUUGCGGCUUGGAAAAGUUAAACAUGCGAAGCUCAGCAGGAAAGGCCAAAGUGUUGGGAACGAUACUAGGAAUUGGCGGGUCAAUGCUGCUGACGUUUUACAAAGGGCUUGAAAUUAACGUUAGGAGCUUCGGCAUUAAUCUUUUGCAGAAAAAUGGUCAUGUAGCAACCUUGCAUACUGACUCUGAUCAUAAAUUUCUGGGUGUUUUGUGUGGUUUUGGAAGCUGCUUCAGUUUUGCAUUAUGGCUUAUCAUUCAGUCCAAGAUGAGUAAAGAAUUCCCAUCUCAUCACACAAGUACUGCGUUGAUGUCCUUAAUGGCCGCAAUACAAGCCACAGCCUUUGCCCUUUAUACUGAGAAGGAUUGGAGCCAAUGGAAGUUGGGUUCUAGUAUUAGGCUUCUAACCGUCACUUAUACGGGAAUUGUGGCUUCCGGAGGAGCGGUUAUCGUUAUUGCAUGGUGUGUACGGAUGAGAGGCCCAAUGUUUGUAUCUGUUUUCAACCCUCUGAUGCUUGUGCUCGUGGCUGUGGCUGAUUCCUUGAUGUUAGAUGAGAACUUAUAUGUAGGGAGUGUAAUUGGAGCCUUUCUAAUUGUGUGCGGCGUAUACAUGGUGCUAUGGGGUAAGAGCAAGGAAAUGAAAAAGGUGAAUCACUUGGUGACAUCAGAAAUUACCCAAGAACAUGAUGCAACUGAGGUUGUCAUGCCCACCACCACAAAUGAUGACAAUGGUGACUGCGUUAAUAAUACCAAUGCCAUUUGUAAGGCAAUAUAGUUGUCAAGGUUUCAUCACGAAAGUGGACAUGAAAUGCACUACGUUGAAAAUUACACUUUAGA